AUGCGCUGCACUCUUCUUGCAGCAGCCACACUCCUGGCAACUGCCAGAGAGCAUCGGAGUGAGCUGCUCUCGCAGGAAGAGGCCGAAGCCCUGGGUGUGGUCGUGGGCGGGAACGCCACCGCCAGGUCCUCGCAUGACGACCUGCCGUUGCCAGAUGGGGGCUACCCUACCGACUUCACGUGGUGCAACAAGGAUGGCGUGAACUACUGCACCAUCUCGCUCAACCAGCACAUUCCACAAUACUGUGGCUCCUGCUGGGCACACGGCGCCACUUCGGCCCUGGCAGACCGCAUCAAGAUCGCCCGUGGAGCGAAAGGCACUGAUGUCCAGCUGUCCGUGCAGCACAUGCUCAACUGCGGCAACGUCGGAUCCUGCCAUGGUGGAACGGUCGAUGGCCCUUACCAGUGGAUCUACAAGCUGAGCCGGCGCAGCGGCAGCGGCAUCUCCUACUUCACCUCACAGCCAUACUUGGCUUGCUCCAGCGAAAGCAGUGCUGGCAUCUGCAAGAGUGCGGACACCAGCUGCAAGGCUGAGAACAUCGCCCGCACCUGCGCCACUUUCGGGGAGACCUGUGUGGGCCUGGACACCUACCCCAACGCCACGAUUUCGGACUAUGGCUCCAUCAGGGGCAAGGCGGCCAUGAUGAAAGAGAUCUACAACAGAGGGCCCAUCUCCUGCGGGAUCGAUGCAAACCCCCUGCUGAAGUACACCACCGGCGUCAUUCGGGGCUGGUCGCUCCUGCAAGACCACGUCGUUUCCGUGGUCGGCUGGGGCACCGACCCGGAGGAAGGUCUCUACUGGAUCGUCCGCAACUCCUGGGGCGAGUACUGGGGUGAGAACGGCUACGUGCGCGUGAAGAGCGGCGCGCUGGCCCUCGAGCGCAGCUGCACUUGGGCGGUGCCAGACCAGUACACGGCGCCGGAGAAGAACAAUGAGAUCCACUGCUACGAGGGAGGAGAGAACUGCAAGGCGCAGUCGAAAGACGCGCCGGUCGCCGCUCCGUCCCCGCGCAAGUCGGAGUUGUGGAAGCGUGAGGAAGUGGAGCGCAGAGGAUUCCAGUGGCGCGGCAACUCCUCCAGCCCAUCAUCGCACGAGCUCUUGCCCGACCUCGCCGAGGACUUGCCGAAGACCUUUUCCUGGUGCGACAAGGAUGGCAAGAGUUACUGCACCAUCUCGGUCAACCAGCACAUCCCACAGUACUGCGGCUCCUGCUGGGCCCAGGGCAGCAUGUCUGCUCUGGCAGACCGGAUCAAAAUUGCGCGCAAAGCCGAAGGCAUUGACAUCCAGCUUUCCGUGCAGUACCUGAUGAACUGUGGCACCGCCGGAACCUGCGAAGGUGGUGAGCCCAACUCGGCGUACCAGUGGCUGAAGGAGAUCAGCGACAAGACUGGUAGUGGCAUCAGCUACACCACUGGUCAGCCGUACCUGGCCUGCUCGAAGGAUUCGGACGCGGGCUUCUGCAAGGCUAUGGACUUCACAUGCACCGCCGAAAACGUGCAGCGCACCUGCGCAACCUUCGGCAAGAAAUGCGUGGGUCUUGCGAAGUAUCCCAACGCCACCGUCGCCGAAUACGGCUCCAUCCAGGGUAAGGAUGCCAUGAUGAAGGAGAUCUUCAACCGUGGGCCCAUAGCCUGUAACGUCGACGCCGUGCCUAUCCUGAACUACACGGGUGGGCUUUUCUUUGAAAUGGCAAACUUGAUCAUCGUCAUUCCUUUCAAGCCUGACGAGAGCUGCGAUCUGGAUCAGAUGUCCAGCGACUUUCAAAAAGCUUUGGCAGCGUCGUCGAAGAAGUCACUUCCUGAGAACGUGGCAGCAGAGGUUCAGGAGAUCAAAAUCAUCUACAGAAACGAUGACUACACAUGCGAGAAGGAGGAUGUGGUCAUCUGUUUCGGACACGGUGGCGAGGAUAACUCGACGCUCUCUAAUAACCAAGGCCAGAGCAUCACGGCCACGGAAACCAUUCAAAAACUCGAGGCCAUAGGGGCCCAAAACACCCGGCGGCUUCUCUUCAUGUGUUGCUACUCUGCCAUGGAGGGCCACCUUGCCCCGCAGUGGAAAAGCAAGUAUCCUUCGCAGACGACCUUUGGAGGACCGGCAGACAUUGCCCGCCUGUACGCCGGCCCCACACGGUCAGGGCUCUUCACAGGCCUCCGCCCUGGCCGGGGCACCUUGAAUUUUCCUUCGCGCGCAGUGCCUCUUGCGUUUGCUUUUGCCCCUGCCUGCGUGGCUUGGUCCAAAGACACCGACCACACAAUCUCCGUUGUGGGCUGGGGAACCGAUGAGAAGCUGGGCUUCUAUUGGCAAGUACGGAAUUCCUGGGGUGAGUACUGGGGUGAGCAGGGCUUCUUCCGCGUGCAGAGCGGGGCUUUGGCGCUGGAGCAGGACGGCUGCACCUGGGCCACAGUGAAGGACUUCACGGCGCCGGAGAAGCACAACCAGUUCCAUUGCUACGAGGAUGGUUCCAACUGUGCGGCCACCAUUUCCGCCACGGAGCUCGUUGUGUGA